CCGAUUUGGAAAGAUAGCGAGGAGGAGGAGGAGGAGAGGCAGUGGGAAACCCAGCCCACCCUUUGGCUUCCUCUUGCCUCCUUCUAAAACCUGCAGAUUCCUCCAGCCCGUCCAAGCGCCUGAAGUUUCCUCAGCCCUGCUGCCAGGACUGCGAGGGUUUGCUGAAAGAUGAGGGUCUGGAUUUUUUUCCUUCUCUGCCUGGCAGGCAAAGCCCUGGCAGCUCCGCAGGAGGCUCUGCCUGAUGAGACAGAGGUCAUUGAAGACCCCACCACCGAGGAGCCCGUGGGUGCUAACCCUGUCCAGGUGGAGGUGGGAGAGUUCGAGGAACCCACGGAAGAUGUAGAGGAGAUUGUCGCAGAGAACCCCUGCCAGAACCACCACUGCAAGCACGGCAAGGUGUGCGAGGUGGAUGACAACAACGCGCCCAUGUGUGUGUGCCAGGACCCCUCCAGCUGCCCAGCCACCGCCGGCGUCUUUGAGAAGGUCUGUGGCACCGACAACAAGACCUAUGACUCCUCCUGCCAUUUCUUUGCCACCAAGUGCACCUUGGAGGGAACCAAGAAGGGACACAAGCUGCACCUGGACUACAUUGGGCCUUGCAAAUUCAUCCCCGCCUGCCUGGACACAGAGCUGACCGAGUUCCCCCUGCGCAUGCGGGACUGGCUCAAGAACGUGCUGAUCACCCUGUAUGAGCGCGAUGAGGACAACAACCUGCUGACCGAGAAGCAGAAGCUCAAGGUGAAGAAAAUCCACGAGAACGAGAAGCGCCUGGAGGCUGGUGACCACACUGUGGAGCUGCUAGCCCGCGACUUUGAGAAGAACUACAACAUGUACAUCUUCCCUGUGCACUGGCAGUUCGGGCAGCUGGACCAGCACCCCAUUGAUGGGUACCUGUCCCACACUGAGCUGGCCCCGCUCCGUGCCCCCCUCAUCCCCAUGGAGCACUGCACCACCCGCUUCUUUGAGGCUUGCGACCUGGACAACGACAAGUACAUCGCCCUGGAGGAGUGGGCCAGCUGCUUCGGUAUUAAGGAGCAGGACAUAGACAAGGAUCUUGUGAUCUAAACCCCCAGCUUCCUUCUCUGCUGCCAACUUUGUCUUGUUUUAAGCUUCCCACUUCCUUCGGUUUUUAAACCGCUUUUGUUUUGUUUCGUUUUUCCCGGGAACAAGGUGCUAAUAUAGAUCAAAACGUAUGUAGUAACGGUGCUAAGAGAAAUAACAGUCCUCAUUCAUAGCCUAAUCUAUUACCACUAGAUUACUCACUCGGCUGUUUCCACGUGCUCUUGCCAGCCCUUUCUCUCUCUGACAUGUCUUUACCAUUGACUGACCCUGUUCCUGUCCUAAAUAUCCGCUCUGCUCUUGGAUUGACUUCUCUUAACUCCUUACUAACAGCGCACUCUUGGACAAGUCAGCGUAGACGCACAGACCUC